UUGCUGGUGGUUGAUCUCUAAUAGUUACUUAAGACUGCUUCCUCACCCUUCGGGACCUUAACCUGUUUCCUUAUCCCAACCACACCAUCUUCCUCUGGAGAACCUUGCCUUUUUGACCCAAGAUCUGUCAUCAACGAGCCCACCUGAGAAUUCGUCUGGUGUCAUACACUUAUAAGAUAAUAUUUAACCCAAGAUGGCUCCAACAAAGCCAAGUCUCCAUCCGUUAGCCACCCCUAAGACUAUGAGUUUUCCUUCGGAACUCCGGGAGCGCACCUACACAUGUCUCGAUCCAGACAGGCCGGAAAAGGAGAUCAAGAAAGAGGACGAGGAGGAGAUCACCAUUACCCCUCCGCCAGCAUAUACGGAAUUCCUCAACACAUUCAGUCCCAUCUUCUCACGGCCCGCAACCUCUCGUGAGAACUUCUCCAAGUAUAUGCUUGACAGGCCUCGUCCUUCACCUACUUCCGCUCCCACCAGCUCUACUUCUCCUUCUUUCCCCAAAGAAAGUGCAAGGGUUCCUCCUCCAUAUACCGCCUCACGCUGCUUUGUACCAUUACCUCCUAAGAGUCCGGAUAACUCUCGCCGCUUGCCACUUCCCCCGCCUUACGUCUGUGCACCCAUGACAGACUCCCCGCGCAGCGCGCAUGCCCUUCAAUCCCCCUUUACUCCAUCUGACUAUAGGCUGCGGAUGUUCGACUCCCCCGUCAGUGACAAUGGGGCAUCAUUUAGUGUUCGACAUGUGGUAACAACAACCAUUACCCUUAAGCGAGCCCCCCAGCUCGACCCCCCGCCUCAGGGAAAGCGGAGAAAUGUUACACGUCGGAACACAUAGUUCCUUGAGGAGCCAUUGUGUAUAGCUCAUUUUAACUACGAAUGGCAAUCAAGAUGCUUCAUGAAAUUUGGGUUUGGCCACCGAUUACUGUUCACUGAUAUAUCAUACAUCUCGUUAUUUGUCUCACAAGGGUUGCUUUCAUCUGUCGGUCAAGUUGUUUUACAAGUUUUGCAUUGCUAGCACUGUGCAAUAUGGAUAAUUCCUUAAAAUUUAAGUUUCAAAACUGG